AUGAGUGACAUUAUUAAAACACCAUUUUACUUUGGAGGCCUUGCAUCUUGUUCUGCUGCUAUUAUUGUCCAUCCUCUUGAUUUAACCAAAGUCCGUCUACAAAAUGCAAAAGGAAAUCAAAGUAUAGGUAUGUUUGGUACAGUAGUCAAAGUGAUUCGUACAGAAGGGUUCUUUAAGCUUUAUGCUGGUCUGUCUGCUUCUAUCCUUAGACAAGCUACCUAUUCCACUGCUCGACUAGGUGGUUAUGAAAAAUUGAAACAAAUUGUUUUACAAAACAAUAAAAAUCCCUCUACAUUUCAGUUACUUGGAUGUUCUACAGCUGCUGGUAUUGCAGGUGGUCUAUGUGGCAAUCCUGGCGAUGUCAUCAAUGUCCGUAUGCAAAACGAUGGCCAACUUCCGACUCAUCUCAAACGAAAUUAUAUGCAUGCCUUUGAUGGACUAGUAAGAAUGACAAAGGAAGAAGGUCUUGCUUCUCUGUUUCGUGGCGUUGGUCCAAAUAUCAACAGGGCUAUUUUAAUGACUUCUUCUCAAUGUGUUUCGUAUGAUCGUUUCAAAGCCUUUUUUCUUGGUCAUCAUUAUCUUUCAGAAGGUAUUGGACUCCAUUUAUUAUCCAGUAUGCUUGCAGGAUUGGUGGCAACAACAGCUUGUUCUCCUGUUGAUGUAAUCAAGACCAGAAUGAUGUCUGCUAGUGGAUCAGAAAGCACACUGUCUGCUAUGCAUGUUAUGCGUACCAUGUAUCGUUCGGAAGGUGUUUUGGCAUUCUUUAAAGGCUGGACUCCUUCUUUUAUGCGUACUGGGCCUCAAACCAUUUUUACUUUUAUCUUUUUAGAACAAUUUAAAAAAUGGCAUUCAAUGUGGCACCAUCACCCUUUGGUAUCUUCUACUGUAAAGUUAUAA